AUGGCGGAGAUCGAAGAUAUGCCAUUUGGUCUUCUUUACGAAAUCUUUCUUUUUCCCCUUGUAUUUUUCUUUUUCUUCAUCUUUCUUUUUCUCGUUUUUCUUUCUUUCUCGUUUCCUUUCCUUUUUCUUUUCGCUAAUAUAAUUCCUUUCAUUUCCUCUAUUUUUCUUCUUCUUUUUCUAACUGCUUUCUUUUUACUUCUAAUCUUACUUUCUCACUUUUUUUUUUUCGUUUUCAUUCAUUCUAUUUUUCUUUUUAUAUCUUUCUUUCUUUUCUGGUACAUUUUUCUUCUUAUGCUUCAUUACUUUCCUAAUAUUUUUUCUUUUCUCUUCUUCCUUUGUUUUUAUCAUUUGUCUUUAUUUUCUAUAAUAAUUCCCACUCUCUCUUUUUUUGUAUUUUUACGUUUUCCUUCUUCCCUUGUGUCUUUCUUUCUUUCUUUCUUUCUUUCUUUCUUUCUUUCUUUCUUUCUUUUAGCCAUUAUAUAUUUAUGUUUUCCUUCUUUCUUUCUUUCUUUCUUUCUUUCUUUCUUUCUUUCUUUCUUUCUUUCUUUCUUUCUUUCUUUCUUUCUUUCUUUCUUUCUUUUAGCCUUUAGUUUUUUAUCUUUCUUUAUUUCUAUAAUAAUUCCCACUCUCUCUUUUUUAGUAUAUUUAUGUUUUCCUUCUUUCUUUCUUUCUUUCUUUCUUUCUUUCUUUCUUUCUUUCUUUCUUUCUUUCUUUCUUUUUUUAGCCUUUAGGUUUUUAUCAUUUGUCUUUAUUUUCUAUAAUAAUUCCCACUCUCUCUUUUUUUGUAUUUUUACGUUUUCCUUCUUCCCUUGUGUCUUUCUUUCUUUCUUUCUUUCUUUCUUUCUUUCUUUCUUUCUUUUAGCCAUUAGUUUUUUAUCUUAUAUUUAUGUUUUCCUUCUUUCUUUCUUUCUUUCUUUCUUUCUUUCUUUCUUUCUCUCUUUCUUUCUUUCUUUCUUUCUUUUAGCCUUUAGUUUUUUAUCUUUCUUUAUUUCUAUAAUAAUUCCCACUCUCUCUUUUUUAGUAUAUUUAUGUUUUCCUUCUUUCUUUCUUUCUUUCUUUCUUUCUUUCUUUCUCUCUUUCUUUCUUUCUUUCUUUUAG